AUGGGAGCUUCUUUUGAGAUUCACAAACGAAUCAUAGGAGGACAGGAAUCGAAACCUCAUCAUUGGCCCUGGAUGGUUGAUAUUCGCGUUCCUGACAAGAAUUCUUCCAAACAUAAAUGUGGUGGUGCAUUGAUCGAUGAGGAAUGGGUUCUAACGGCUGCGCAUUGCUUUCUGGAUCUAAAGAUGAAUUCAGUAAUCCGACUUGGGUGGGGUCAAACUGCUCCUAUUAAAGGCUCACAUUCACCAGUACUCCGGCAAGUUGAACAACCCAUAGUUUCCUAUCAACAAUGUGCCGCUGUGAACGACAAGCUACAUAAAGUUACCAAUGUUAACCCUUUCUCUAACAUCUGUGCUGGCGAUUUAAGUGGAAAAAGCGGCUGUAACAAGGACAGCGGAGGACCUCUUGUCUGUCAAAACCAAAACGGAAACUGGAUUUUGCAAGGAAUCGUCAGCUGGGGAGACGAGUAUUGUAGAAAGCAAUAUUAUGGUGUUUUUACCAGAGUCAGCUCUUUUAUAACUUGGAUUCAAAAUCAAAAGAAAUCACAACCGACACAACGCCGAGGAGCCGAUGGGCUCCUGGGAGAAAUGUAUCUAGCUGUUCUUAUGUUCCAGCCAGCUAGUAUUUGUAUUACAAUAGGAUCUCUGCUGAAUAAAAGAAUAUCCAUGCUAGCUUUCGAGGUGGUUAAGGCUGCACAACUGAAGAUCUCGAAACUGGAGUAUUUGGCUAUUUGA